CUCCUCCAUUGACGCAUUGAUGUCACGUUUAAAGAGGCUCAUAAAUGACAUAAAAACAUUGACGGAACAGCUAAGCUAUUGCAAAAGCUGCUGGUUAUAUGGCCUGCGUUAUCUUAAUUGCCGCUUGUCAGCAGGGGAACUCUGCUGAAAACUAAACUACUUAACCCACAGUAGCUGCUCAGUCUGACGAACUUACUUAGUGUCUUUCAGAACUGGUCCACAAUGACCUCCUCAGGCUCAUCAGUUGGCCAAAAUCAGCUGCAUAGGAUCAUCAGAGAUCUCCAUGAUGCUGUUUUUCAGCUGAGCCAAGAGCACAAAGACCUCGCCGAGCCCGUAACCGACGACAGCACCAACCUGCGCAGGUUUUUCUACAAACUCGAAUACCUGCUACAGUUUGACCUGAAGGAGAAGACAACCUUUCUUGGCCAGAGAAAAGACUACUGGGAUUACUUCUGCGACUGCCUGAUUAAGAUCAAGGGCGCUAAUGAUGGCAUCUGUUUUGUAAAGUCUAUCCCCGAGUUGAAAACCUCAUUGGGCAAAGGAAGAGCCUUCAUUCGCUACGCGUUGGUUCAUCAACGACUUGCCGACACACUCCAGCAGUGUCUCAUCAAUGAGAAAGUCACAAGUGACUGGUAUUACGCCCGGAGUCCCUUCCUCGACCCAAACCUGACCUCAGACAUCAUAAACCACCUGUACGAGCUCAACCAGAUCCAAUUUGAUGUUGCAGCUCGGGGUUACGAUCUGGACAUUGAUUGGCCGGCCUUUGCUCGACGGACGUUAGGGGCCGGCUCAUCAUCACUCCUGUGGAAACGCCCCAGUCGUUGCUCCAGCGUCAACAGUCUGAUCCAGUCACAGGAGGUCCCCGUUCCAGAUUUGAAUCUCCGUGGGGAUCUUGCACCAGCAGAACCAUCCCUUCGCAGUGUUGCGGAGAAUCUGCGCCUUGAGCUCGACCAAUCUGAGGUCAGGCAGCAAGAGCUUCUGAGACAGGUGGAGGAAUUAGGGAAAGAGGCGGCCCAUCUGAAAGAUGUGGUUAAGAACCUUAAGGAGCAGUUGGUAGCAGCUCAGAAAACUACCAGUUUGCCGGAUCCUUCCGCUAGCAUGGACGUCCGUAACCACUAUCAAACAUGCUGGGAUGAAAAAAACUGUGAACUUCAAGACAGACUUUCAGCCACUGAGAACAAAAAUAUGGAGCUUCUCUCUAAGCUGGAUGAGACUAUAAAAGAAAAGGGCAAACAAACAUCCAGUUUUUGCGAAUCAGCCUGGAAGAUUCAAGAACUCCUGGAGAAACUUAAGUCAACAGAGGAGAAGAGGCUGGAGGCCAAGAGGGAGGCUGAGGACCGGGCCAGGUAUUGUGAUCGUGUGUCUCAGGAGCUGAAAUUGAGGGAGGAGGAGUUGAGGACCUGCACGGAGAAACUGGCUGACGUUAAAUCCCGUGGACAGGACGAGCGAGCUGAGACCCUCAAGCGCUUGGAGGAGCUCCAGAAUGCCGUCGGUCGCAUUCAGGGUGCGUUGACGCUGAAAGAGAAGGAGAGCGGCAAUUUACGAGCGCAGCUUCAGGGUUUGCAAGCUUCGCUAGAGUGUCGAGAACGCCAAGCAGAGGAACUGAGACGGAGGCUGCAGGAGGAGCGUGAUGAGAUUGAGCGCAGAUGUACCGAUAGAGAUAGCCAGAAUGAAACGCUGGAAGUUCAACUGCUGGACUUACAAAAAACCCUAAAAAGCAGAGAGAGGGAACUUUCUGUUAGCUCCGAGAAAAUCAAGCAUUUGGAAGAACAUCUGGAGAAGGUAAACAUGGAGAAAGAGAGUUUGAGUUUUAGACUCGGGGACAUCGAUCUGAAUGCCAGCGUAGAAACGGGAAACCUUGAUAACUGCAAAUCUCAGUGCUGCGAACUUAAGGGUAUAAACACUGCGCUGCUGCAAGCGGUCAAAAAGAGUGAGGACAGCGUUGUAGAGCUGACUCAGGGAAGGGAAGCCUUGUUAGACCAGCUCGCCAUUCUGAGGGCUUCUGAGAAGCACCUAAAGGGAAGGCUGGAAGCUGCCGAUUUGUGCAGUGAAGACCGCGAGAAGAAGUUUCUGGAUGAAAACUGCCAUUUGGAGGAGCUUGUCCAGAAGGUUCUUCUUGAGAAACAGCGAGUGGAAGCUCAACAGAAGAGUGUGGAACAGGAAAAUUUGGAACUCCUUGAAGUUCAGUCCUCAUUGAAAAAACAACUCACUGAGGCUCAAGAGGAGGUGGACUUGCUUAACGCUAAAGUGUCCAACUUGGAUGAGAACCUCACAGGAUCCCAAAAAAGCCAUGAGGAGCUGCUGAUGAAAUUCCAGCAAAUGGAAGUCAAGCUCAAAGACCAGACGGCUAAAUGUGGUCUUCUACAGGAACGUGUUGAGGAACUGGAAAGCAGGACCUCAGAGCAACAUGAUGAAAAAGGAGCGGCGGAGAGCAACGAAAAAACACCAAAGCUCCGCGAGGAACAUUUAACCCCUGAUAGCAAAGAGGCUCCGUUCAGGCUGGUGAUUGCUGAGGCUCAACUGGAGCUCAACCUUCGGGAGGUGCAUCGACUUAGGGAGGAGGUGGUGGAGCUCAGGGCUCAACUCCUGGCUGGGACGGAGGAGAAGAUGAAAGCUCAGGCCUUUCAGGAGGUGACCGAAGCCUCCAGAGAGGACCUGCGAGUUUUGGUGGAACAGCUCAAGGGUCAAGUGGAGGAGCUGAACCGGCGACACGUAGAUGAGAUCCUGCGUUCUCGUGAGCGUGAGGAAGCGCUGAUCCGGGAGCGAGACUGCGAGGCCCUAGCUCGGGCAGGCCUGGCCGCCGAGGUGACGGCUAACAAGGAGGAGCUGCACAUUCUCAAGCAACGCUAUGAUGCCUUGUGCCUGGAGAACAGCGAGUCCGGGGAGGCCCUGCACCGAGCCAACACCGAAACCGCUGAGCUCGGAGUUCGAGUGUGCACACUGACGGCCGAGAACGAAGAAGCUUGUCUGCGAUUGGAGACCCUCUCCAAGAGGCAGCAAGCGCUGGAGGAGGAGGCCGCGCAGGAGGCAACCAGGAUAGAUGCUUGCACGGAGCAGCUCCGCCGAGAGAAUCAGCAACUCGUUGGCAAGCUCCGUCACCAGGAUGACCUUUGGGCCAUGACUCAGAAGCUGCAAGAGGAGCUGACCAAAGUCCAAGAGGAGGCAGAGGUGCUGCAGGAGAAGAGCCGCCAAGAGAUCGAAACGCUCCGGCUGGAGCUCAGCAGCCAGGCCAUCAGUCACAGCAGUCAACUGCAGAGUGUCAACGAAGAGUUGAUGGAUGAGAGGUUACAGAUGAUGAGCGAGCAGGAGAAAGCAGUCGAAGUAGAAAAGCAACUCAAGCGCUGGAAGACUGAGGUGCAACGAUACCGGCAACACCUUGCUGAGAAAACCAUUCAGUUGGCCCAGUCGGAAAAUCUCCUUCAGCAGAAAGAGGACGAGCUUAUCCAACUGAGAAAGAAUUUAUCAAGAUGCCAGGAGGAGCUUGACACGACUCAGCGGGCCUGUCAGGAGCUGAGGGACACUCUGAGGAAGGUCACGCUGGACAAGCAGAACUUAGAUCUGAGGACGGCAGCCGAACUGGACGACCUCUACCGCACCAAGGUCAACCUGGAGGAAAGGCUGGUGGAGCUCAUCAGGGACAAAGAUGCGCUGUGGCAGAAGACGGACGCGUUGGAGUUUGAGCAGAAACUGCGCGACGAGGAGACGGAGCGUGACGUCAACUACUGCCUGGGCUGCCACACGCCAUUCGGCUGGUUGCUCCGCAAGCACAGCUGCAGAUCUUGUGGCCGUCCCUUCUGCCAUUAUUGCCUGGCCAAUGCAGCUAGUUACCAGAUGGGCGGUACCAGAGAGCUCUGCUGCCGGGAAUGCCGUAACCAGGUCAGUGGAGAGGAAGAGCGCCCCCCGCAGGAGGACACUUUUACCAGCACGCCGGGCUCUGCGAUCGGCCGACUGCUGCAGCCUCUGAGAGCCGUGACGAGCCUCUUGGGAGUGGAUGAAGGCGACAAGCAGGAGGAUGGAAUAUUUGACAUCAUCACAGAGGAGGAAGUGAGCGGCAUCUCUGACGGUGACUCGUUUGUCACCGCCUGCUCUUCUGGACAUGGACAGCAGGAGGCAGCACAAUUAAGCUGCAGCAGUGCCAGCACAGGAGACUUGUCUUCGGAAGUCCUCGAGGAUCAGCGUGGCGCCAUGCAGGAUGCAGAGAUCUGCCUGCUCAAGUCAGGAGAACUGACGUUGACGUCUUGCUUCGCAUUGGACGACAUAUCGAGUUUUGGCGACAGCUCGAGGGAGCUCUUCAUCAAGUCCAACUGUUACAGCACUGUGCCCAUCAGCGCCGGCUGGUCGGGCGCCACCGUCUGCUGGACGUUUACCUCAGAACCCAAAGGCAUUUCCUUCAGUGUUGUUUUCCAGGAGAGUGCACAGACUACAUUGGAGCAGGCCAAGGUCUUGAUCCCACUGACUCGCUGCAACUCCCAUAAGGAGACAAUAAGAGGAGAAAUGAAAGUUCGAAAAGCAGGAGAAUACAUACUCAUCUUUGAUAACUCCUUUUCGAGGUUCAUCUCCAAGCGGGUGAUGUAUCAUCUGGCUGUGGAUGCCCUCCCUUGAGAGGGAAAGUAAGUCAAUCAGGUGUUGAUGCGUCCAUCGGUGACGUCGGGAGUGGAAGGUAACAUGACGCAGUGAUGCACUUUAGAAAUGAUAUGGACUAAGCAAAAUCAGCUGAUGCAAUCAUAGGAAAACUGGACACAAUAGCCGCAACUGAUUACACUGUACAGCUGUAUAUUUUUGUGGUUAACAUGAGUUAAUAUGAUUUGUUGUGAUAUUAACCAGAGUAUGACUUUUUAAGCCUUUUUGGGGGAAGUUGCAUAUCGUCACCAUUCUAAAUUAAUAGCCCAACUGGUUUUCAGUUUUUCAGAAGAAACAGAAAACUGAACCAAAUAAAGAUUGUAUUAUAUUUAAUAAGAAUUUUAUGGUAGUGGUCAAAUUGAAUUAUCUGCUUAAUGUAGCCAAUUUUAGGUGGUCAGCAUCCAUAGGAAAUGUUUUUUAAAAAAUAAUAAUUUUGUCAAAAUAUGAUUUAGACCAAGUGUGGCCAACCAGUCAGAGACUAAGAGCCACAUUUUUUUUACUGUGUACCGCAAAGAGCCAACCCAUCUACGAAGCGAAGCGAACACGCAGCGUUUGACGUCCCAUUACCCCCCCCCCCCCCCGAAGCGAAGCGAACACGCAGCGUUUGACGUCCCAUUACUCACCCCCCCGAAGCGAAGCGAAUGUAAAGGAGCCGCAUGAAACCCGGCAAAGAGCUGCAUGCGGCUCGCAAGCCGAACGUAAAGGAGCCGCAUGAAACCCGGCAAAGAGCCGCAUGCGGCUCGCGAGCCGCGGGUUGGCCACCCAUGAUUUAGACCAUCAUUUUAAGAGUAUGUCAAUAUUGUUUUUAGUGGUCGCUUUGAAAAAGACUACUGCUCUCACUUACAAUGGGAACGUUUUCACUCGACUGUUCGUCGAGAAUCCUCACAUUUCAGUGAGUGCAACUUAUAAAUGUCACAGAGAUUUCUGUUAUCAUCUUGAUUGUUCCUUAAAAAUAAUAUGAUCCUUCCAGCAAAUAUAUAUGUUGUCAAAUUAACGUAUUCAUCACGUUGAUGAAAAAAAUCUUUUUCAGUCAAAUGACCACAAACGCUAUGGUUUUGAUGUCACACAAUUGUAUUUUAAGUCUUUAUUUCACUAACGCUGUCCAAAUCAUGUUCUUAAGAUACAUUUCUCUUUGGUUGCCUUUUACUACUGUCAAAAGUGAUUGGAAGCGGGACGGCAUAAUGCAAUUAUGAGGACAUCUGCAAAGAUGAUGCAAUACCAUAUAUUUGUAACAAUGACCAAGUAUUGGUCUAGUACAGGGGCGGGCCGAACUGGGUUCUAAAUUUGGACCGGAGGGCCGGACCAGGAGCAGAUGGACGUAGUGUUUGUGUGAAGUAAUAUAAGGGACCUGUAAAGGUCAUUGCAUAAAAUAUUUUGGCCUUUAGUAGGUAGUAAAGCAUGGAUAUUCCAAAUAAGUUUUUUGAAAACAAAUGCAUUUAUUAACAGCAUUAAAAAAAAAAGUAAUAAUAAUUCACUAAAAAACUGCUAUCAGUGAUUUUUUGCUAGUGCGUCAUAGUCUGGAGUAAAAUUUGUUGUGGCAAUUCUUAGGAGAGAUCUGAGGUGUUGGUCCGUUUACCUCGAUCUGUGACGGGUUGAUGUUGACGUUCAUGUGGCUGAACGUCACGUCGCGUACGUCGAGCCAAAUUGGCCACUCUCUUUUAAACACUCGGCACUGUCUCCACCUUGCUUUUUUCCUUGGGCGACUCAUUUUAAUGGAAGGAUUCCAGGGGAAGGUUUGUGGGUGGCUUUAGCGCAAAACUGCAUCUGAAAGCUCAGCGCGCAAAUUACAAGAAUGCUUUCGUCACAGCCCACGCUGUAAAUUUGGGACUGAUACAAAUAGAGCGCGAGUGCGCCAUGUACACGUACACGCACUUGUGAGUGUGCACCGAGCUUUCUGACACGGCUUCCGGUAGUAAAUGCGCAGGCGAGCGCUUCCCCAUCUACUGGGGAAACGCAGUCAUUGCAGGCAAAAUGACCACAAAAAAAAGUUUAAUAAUACAAUUUGUUCAGGGUUGGCGGGCCGGAUUAAACGGUCCCGUGGGCCGGAUGUGGCCCGCGGGCCGUAGUUUGCCCACCCUGGUCUAGUAUGUUUCUCAGUGCAACUAUUAAUAGAUGAUGCCCCGCGCCAUGCAACUAUUAUGAAAGCCCGCAAUGAAACGGUUCUCAAUAGAUAUUAAAACCCAGUGUAGUUCUGAAGUCUCUGAACUCAGGUGGAUCAACAAUUAGUUGGCCGGGCAGCAGCACAUGCGUCAGCAUCCCAGAAAAGGCUUUGGCUGAUCCGAUCAAGGAUGAAUCUCACAGGUAGAAGCGGUUCUUAAGAAGAUUCCUUAUUGUUGAUGGCAUGUGAGCAAGCAUUGAAGCAUGAGACUUAAGACUCCUUUCCUGUCUGACAUUCAAGCUGGAUCCACCAUUGACAAAAUUGCUAAACUUAGGUACUGACGCAGAAUUUAGCCAGUUUAUAACCCAAUUCUAUGUUUGGGCUUGUAGUUGCUUUGGUUGUUUGUUAUACUGUGAAGAUCCUAGAAACAUAGUUUGAAGGAUACGUAUGUAUUUAGACUACAAUAGCCUCCAAAAAGGUAGCGUGGUACCCCAGAAAAGUGGUUGGUGGAGGAUCAUAAAAACCUACUGCAUAAUGUGCUUUCAGUAAUUGAACAAAAACCUGAAUUUACUUUUUAUACUGGUUUAUAUUGCAAUUUUUUUUUACUGACUAAAAUGACACAAAGCAAAUUAAGAACCUAAAUGUCUCAUUGUUCAACUACUGUACUUUGAAAUAAAAGUAUUUUUUGUACUUACACUAUGCUGUAUAUUGCCAAAUAUAUUGGAGAAAUGUGAAUUGUAAAAUUGGAAAUAUUCUAUUGAAAUGAAUAAUGCAUUUUUAAAGACGUUCAUUUUGCUUCUGUGACAGAUGACGUCGGCACAUUUUCUUUCUCUUCCUUGUACCACUUCUUGUUGUGCUGCUUUACAGAGGUCAUACAGGACAUUUUAAUCAUUGUUGACUGUAUUGAAAUGUUUACAUACUGAAUAUUUAUUUUAGGAUGUAUUAAUAAAAAACAUUUAAGCGUGCUA